AUCUUCUUGCUGGAAGUAGAAGCCAAGUAACAACAGCUUUGGUUCCCUUCUCGUUCAAUACUAUUAUAUUUAGAUAACCCCUAGUACAAGCUACAGUUCCAUUCAGGGUUGGCAAUGAUUGAAGUUAAGACCCAUAUACAGCUUUUUCGUUAGCUAUGUGCCACAUACAAUUCUGGUUGCUUCACCCUUCCCAUAACCUCCAAGAAAGGCAAGGAACUAACUCCUCCAUGUCUUCUAAACCAUUCUCUUCACCACCAUCACCCCCUUCCUCCCGACUUCUUCGCCACCAUGGAAGAUUGCAACGUGCUCGCGGCGGAUUGCGUUGUGAUCUCGUGCUGCUGCCAAUGCUUGAUCCUCCAAAUCACCAUCUUCAUCUUCUUCAAGCUUCCUUGCAAGUUGAUCAGAAAGACGAGGGAGUACACCAUGAAGAAGCUUCAACAAAGAAGGAGAAAAGGGAUUGUUGUGGAAAGCAAAACAGUAUAUCAAUGUGAAAACGACAUUGAGAGUAUUCGAGAAUCAAUGAGAUCUGUAGAGGAUAUCCACAGUUGCAGAAGUUGCAUAGAGGAGGUUGACAAGGUUCUAGAGGAGCUGUAUCAGAGAGGAGAGUUUGGAUUUGGAAGCUUUUGGGGGGGAGGAGAACUGGGUUUCUCUCCAACUCAUCAUUUAGGAGAAGAUGAUCGAUUUGACCCUAGUUUCGUACGGUAUCAAUUGAUUGAAAUGAUUGAGUCAGUUAGCUAAUGAAUCCUAACACAGCUACCUAGCUAUAGCCUGGUCAGAUAGCCAUUGAUGAAACAUAUCAUGCAUGGUUAGUCUUGUAAUUAUGGUUUAGAGUUUCGGCAAAGCAAACAGCCAUUGAUCAACAUCUCCCGGAAUGAGCUGGUUUGAGUUUCAGGGCCUAGAAUUUAGUUGUUUAUUUCAGCACGUAAAGUCGUAGCUAGCUGACAUCAUUUACAUUAUUGCAUAUCAAAUCAGAGCCUCAAUAAGAUGCUUCAACGUUCUAUCA